AUGAGGGGGCGGGACUUCCGGCUGACCGGAGCGGACGCAUGUAGCGAGAGCUGCGACAUGGAACGGCAUAUUGCGGUUAAACAAACCGGCUAUACAGGUCCACCGGAGGUGGAAAAUGUAGAAGCAGUGCCCCAAACACUUGUGCAUACGAUGGCUCCACCAAAAACACCAAGUGGCCAAGACUUAUUUUCGACAAGGGAAGAAGGAGAAGGUGAGAUUGCAGGGGAACUGUGGCCGCUGCCAUUUUGUCCCACACAUGUCAAAAACAGGUUCUGACUCUGAGCCACUGACCCUCCAUGCUGAGGAUAUAUCUGUGUCUGAACAAAGGCUAGUGGAUAGACUGGCUGAUCUGAGGACCACUUUGAAAGAGGACUUUAAGUCCAUAAUGGAAGAUAUCCGCAAAGAUCUGCAUGCGCUGGGCAACCGAACGGCGGCCUUAUAG